UUUGUGUAUUGAAAAUAAAUUAUUUAGCAUUACAAUAAACUAUUUUAAAUUUGUAGUGGAUUUACAUAUAUGUUUCUCAGACUGCUUAAAUGAAACGCGCUAUUUCAAAUGCUGUGCUAGUUGACGUUGACGUUUAGUAACGCGUAAGCAUCAUUAAUAUUAGUGGUUUAUAAUUAUGAAUUUUAACGAUAAAUGAUUUUAAUAUAUAAAUUGUAAUAAAUAAAAUUAUUGAAAUCUAUGAAAAGUGAUAAGAAAACAGUGGAGUGUAGAAUGAAUGAUGUGAUAAUAAUUGGCAGUAACUUUCGGGUGCAAAGUUUUUAACAAAAUGUGGUUAAAGUAAUCACUAAUAUGAAUUACAUAUAUAUUUUUACUAUAUACAAUCUAAGAAUUCGUUUAGUGUAAAUGAUUUUUUAAUCACCAUGAAAUUCAAUGAGAAAGAACUUGCAGAAGCAAGCAGUGGUCCUGCCGAUCUUGAAGGUCGUUUAAAUCAUAAACGAGCUCACAAGUCAGGAUUUAAAGAGAAAUGGUUUAAGUUAAGAUGCAAUUUAUUAUUUUACUUUAAUAUUAACGAAUUAGGACAGAUCGACAGAAGACAACCAGCAGGUGUAAUUAUAUUAGAAAAUUAUAGCAUUAACACCGAUGCUGCAUCUGAAGGAGUAUUUGCAUUUAGUAUAGCAUUUCGAGAUGAACACGAGAAGAGACACGUUUUAAGUGGCCGUUCAGAAUCUCAAGUGGAACAGUGGGUUAAUGCGCUUAAGCAAGCAAGUUAUGAACAUUGGAGAUCUCGUUUAAUAAUGCUUCAAGAAAAGUUGUGUAAGAAAACAGGAAAAGAUCCUUUGCUUAUGUAUCCAAGAAAUCAGGGAAUAAUUAGAGAUGAAGCUUGGGACUCUGCGCCAACUUUUCGAUCUCAUGUACGUUCCUUUACUACGUCAGUUGUAACGACAACUGCAUUAAAUACAGUAACGAAAGAAAUGAAUUUAAUUGAAUUUUAAAUUAAGUAAUGUCUUUUUAAUAAUAUUCUUAUGAUAUAUUUCAAAAACUAAAUAAUAUUCAAUUAUAUAAAAAUUGCAUACAAAUAAAAUGAAAAAAUGUAGGUUUGCAGAAUAAAACACAAAUUACUGCGAAAAAAGAUGGUAAGUCUACUUUGUUUGAUGCAGCUAAUAUAUAACUUGUAUUAUUUUUAUGUGUAGAAUUAAUAACUCUAUAACACUUUAUAUUAGUAUUAUUAAAGUGAUGCGAACAUAUUGAAUAUUAUUUAUAAAGAAAAUCAAAUUUUAUGUAUAUUAUUUUAAUGAAAUUUUAAAUUUAAUUAACAUAUAUCAUAAGAUCAUGAUGAAGAUAACUUUUAAAUAAUUUGUAUCACAAGAAAAAUGAUGAGCACUUGUUAGACUUGCUUAUAUUCUCUACCUCAUACAAAUUUUUCAAGUAUUUAUAUACCAAAUACUCUUUGUUAUCGACAGUGUUUAUAUUACAAAUUUUUACUAAUGAAAGUAUGUUUGUAAUAUUCCAAUAAAGAAAACAUAUUUUUCCACGUAAAUGUGUAAGAUAACUUUUGUUUUAAAAUAAUCUAACCAAUAAUAAAUAGAGAAAAUGAAUGGAUUGGUACCAUUGUUUCUAACCACGUGUAACAAAAAAUGUCCACGCGUUAAUAAAGAGGCCGCCACUGUA